GCCAUUGAACAAGCGAAAAAGACCUACCCGGAAGUGUACAUGCAGCAUGACGGCGUGUUGGCGCGGUUCAUCACGUUUUGUCUUCGCUUUUCUUUGGUCUGGAGGCUUUAGAAGGGUUUCCACUGCUCCGCUCGCACGCGGGCAUUCACGUCGCAUCAGAGUCCCCCUCCGUAACCAGUUUAAACAGGAAGUUUGUCCGCGGCACGCGGACUUGAGUUUGGUCUCCAGGUUAAGUUUUGUUUCUGGCAGAGUCGUCAUGUCGUCCUCGGAGAUGUCCCAAAGAAUGGUGUGGGUUGACCUGGAGAUGACUGGACUUGAUAUUGAAAAGGACCAAAUCAUUGAAAUGGCGUGCAUCAUCACAGACUCUGACCUGAACAUUUUGGCUGAGGGGCCCAACCUGAUCAUUAAGCAACCCGAUCAACUGCUGGACGAGAUGUCAGAUUGGUGCAAAGAGCAUCAUGGGAAGUCAGGGCUGACCCAGGCUGUGCGAGAGAGUAAAAUCUCCCUUCAACAAGCAGAAUACGAGUUCCUGUCCUUCAUCCGGCAGCACACCCCACCCGGACAGUGUCCCAUUGCUGGUAACUCUGUGCAUGCAGACAAGAAGUUCCUGGAGAAGUACAUGCCUCAGUUAAUGCACCACUUUCACUACAGAAUAAUUGAUGUGAGCACCAUCAAGGAGCUCUGCAGACGGUGGUUUCCAGAAGAAUACAAACUGGUGCCUUAUAAGAAAGCCUCCCACAGAGCUUUAGACGACAUCCAGGAGAGCAUUAAGGAGCUCAAGUUCUACAGAGACAACAUCUUUAAGGCUGCAACCCAGGAGAGAGACUGCACAUUACUUGAAAAUGGAGACGACAAGAAGCCCUAACACACAAAAAAGGGUUUUAGUUAACACUUGCAUUUAGCUCUGCAGGACCCACAGCUCUAGUCUAAAUGUCAAGGUGUUAAUUACAGGAGGUUCUUCAAUAAGGUCAUUAAAACUACAUUUAUUUCAGAAUAAAAGACUGAAGUUGACAUUUUCUGUUUAUUCAGAUGUUAAAUAUUUUAUUAUUUAUACAUGUGACUAUUUUUUUUCCUUCAACAUGUGUGGCGCUCCACUCAUGUGACUUUAAACAGAAUUGCUGAAGUCUCCUGUCUCUUUAAGACUGUUCCUUGUAAAAAUUUGAAACUUUUUUCCCCCCUUUUUUUGCUUUAAAAUGACAUAACUUUAUUUAAAAAUUAGAAAUGUGUGUAUAUUUUUGCCAGUUGCAAUCUUUAGAUAUUUUUGAAUUCUCUAGUUUUCCCAAAACGUUCAAUUCUGGUUUGAAAAUUGUUCUUACUGUCGUUGAGAGGAUUUAAGACGCUGCUGCAGAAAGUUGUGACAAAAGCUUUGUUUUUUAUGUUGUAUAUUCCUUUAAAGUUUAAUAAAGCUAAGUUUGAUUAAACUGAA